AUGACGGUGAAGGAUAAGACGCUGAUAGAGAAAAGAAAAUAUAUGGAAAGAGAAGAGGAUCAAAAUCCCUCAUACCGGCAGGCCACACAACAUGGCGGGCAUCAAUGUCAUCAGUUGGGAGCUGGUAAUGCCACCCCGCAUGGCCCCUUUUGGCUAUCUAACCUGGACCUUGGCGUUCGGAGCGGUUAUUCGCCGAUGAUCUACUUGUUCCGGCCGCUCGGUGUGGGCUGCCCAGCUGAUUUCUUCUCGGCGGACAUCCUAAGGACAGCACUGUCCAGGGCGCUAGUGCCGUUCUACCCUUUGGCUGGUCGCCUCGGCAUGGCCCCCGACGGGCGGCUGGAGAUCGAUUGCAGUGGCCAGGGUGCCGUUUUUGUUGUCGCACGGUCAGAUGCUGUGCUAGAAGACCUAGAGGGCUUCGCGCCAUCGAAAGCCAUGUGUGACAUGUUCGUGCCUCCCUAUGAGGAAGUGGUCGGCGCCGGCGGCAGACCUUUGCUCCUGCUUCAGGUUAUGUUCUUACAUGGAGGAGGCGUGGUGCUGGGCACGGGCAUGCACCACUAUGCCCUUGAUGGCCGCAGCUCUUUCCACUUCAUGCAGACGUGGUCCAGCUUGGCCAGGGGCGCCGCCGGCGACGCUGUUCCCCCGUACCUCGACCGAAGUCCCCUCCGCGCACGGUCCCCGCCCGUCAUCCUCUUCGACCACAGCCAUGAGUACUGCCGGAACGCCGCCGGGUCUGCAACAGGCGCUGCCACCUAG